UAAGGACCUAUGUGACUACUGUAUCAGAGCUGUAAAUUACACUCUACACUAUCUGAGAUUGUCUCACUAGUUUUUAUUUUGCUUUCUGUUAAUCGUUCAGGAUGCUGCUGACAAUGACUUAAGUGAAGAAGGAGAUGAGUUAGAUUUUGAUAAUGAUGAUGACAAUGAUGAUGAAGUGGAUGAGCUUACCCUUAGUUUUAAUGAUGUUGAGACACUUCGCAAGUCACUAGAAGCUGAUGAAUCCAUUAGAGAAAGCAUAGAGGCAGCCAAAAAGAGAUUAGAAGAAGAAGCCAAACAAGGAAGAAUGACUAACAACAACAACAUAGUUGAUGAUAAUGAUGAUGAUGAUGACAAUGAAAUUGAGGAAGAGUUAGAAGGUGCAAAUGACAGUUUGAACCUUCAUGAUGCUGCAGCACUGGAAAGACUUCCUCAGCUGUCUAGCACACCAGAUAAGAGAAGACGUGAUGUUGAAAGCCCUGUUACCUAUAGUCAGGACUUUGAAGAGUCUUCUGAUAUGAGGACAAGUACAUCUAGAGGUGAGAGAAAUCAGUCUGAUAUGGCAGGAAACCCUGAUCUGAGAAGGGGCAAAUCUGACAAGACCAAGAGUUUAUCUGCGGGUGUUGAUGGCCAGGAAAACAAAGUUCAUCAAAGGAGCAAAAAGGUCAUAGAUUUUCCAGAGAACCUGGCAGAGGAAUUGGUUGUUCUUAGUUUCUCAUCAUCGGCAGUGAAUAAAAAAGAACGGAAGCUCUCAGCAACACGAAGGAAGAAAAAUACAGAUGAUUAUCGCUCUGCAGAUCUCUUUUCAUCCAAACAAACUUCAGAAACCCAACAGCAAAAAAGGACAGAGAAAAAUGAACCAUACAAUAAUGACGUGACCCUGACUUCUGCUCCUGAGAAGAAAAGUAGACCUUUGUCUGCAAAAAGAAGGACUGAAUCCAUGGAUAAGGUGGAUGACAAUGCACAAGAGAUUUUUAAAGCAAUGGCAGUAGAGAAUCAGACAAUAGAAAAAGCCUCUGGUUCACAGACUGCUCCUGAAAGAUCAAAGCAUCUCUCCAGCCCUCCACCAUCUGAAGUUAAAAGACCAUCAUCAUUAUCUUCCUGUCCUCUGAAGACUGAUGAAACAAUAGCUCUUGUGACAGAAAAAGUCAGAAAGAUGGAUGCUAGGCAACAGCAUCAUUUGAUAGAACUUCUGACUAAAUUAGAAUGCAAGGCUCCUUUCAAGGUGUCAAGUCCAGCAUCUUCCCCACGACUUUCACCAAUGAAAGCCACAGUACCAUAUACACCUGUGGCAAGGUCUACUUCAGCAGAAGGUCAAUCUAAGGAUUUCAGUGUAAUAGAUUCAUUAGAUACUGCAGAAAAUAAUCAAGAAAGUGAAGAAGGAACAGAUGUCUACUUUGAGAUCCUUACAAACUGGGGCAACCCAAAGUAUUUAGGUUUAACUGAGAUUCAGUUCUUUGAUUUGGAAGGCAACCUCAUUCCCUAUGAUGAGCACCAUGUGAGCAUCUCAGGCCAUGUUGGAGAGGAAGGUGUUCUGGGUAAUUUGGCCAAUGGCAAAACAAAGACAACCAAGGGUCGUUACAUGUGGUCAUGUGGCUUCCAAAGCAAGCAUCCGGUUGAAUUGGUGUUCCACCUCCCUGGUGUUGAAGCAGGCAGNUAGGAGCCAGAGCCAAUCAUUAGAAGCCAAACUGUAGUAUUGAGGCGAUCAAGCGAUGGAAUGAAACAGGAGAACAGAGAUGACGACGAAACACAAACAGAUGGGCAUCGACAAGAAAUACAGGAUCAGCCUGUUAUCAGAAGCACAACAGUGUUGUUAAAACAAUCAGCUGAGAUAGAUCAACAAGGAUACAAACCAGAGGAAAGAGACAGUAGUUUAGAACCUCCAGAAAGGAAUGCAAGAGCUGAUAAAGAUGAUGUUUCUUCAAAAGAACAUCAAAGGAUUCUAAAACCACCAGGCUCACCAAGAUCCCAGCCCAAAUCACAAAGAUCACAAAGACGAGUCACAUCAGCAGAAGAAAAUAAAUCAGCAGAACAGAUCCCCAUGCAGGACAGGUUAAAAGACAAAGCUCUGAAGUCUCUGUUGGCUAUGGACUCGUCAUCGCCGAAUUCUAGAGUUGGAGAACAAACCUUGGCUACCAGGUCAAAUUCUACACCUAACCUUUCAUCUUCACAAACUCUAGAGAGUUCAGAGUUGGGUAAUGAUUCUGUCAGAGGGAAUUCAGCUGCUGGCUCGGUGUUACCUAGCAAACCUCCUUGGCUAGAGUCAAGUAAGAAGAAAGACAAAGCUGGUCAGAGUUCAUCAUCACGUUCAUCUUCAAGGUCCAAGUCCAGACCCAUUUGGCUUGAGGAUGAGUCAGUUGUUAAUCAAGGAAGAAGUAACAGUCUGACAGAUGUACAGCAGUCAUCAGAGGAGCUGUUUAGGGAUGACAAGCCUCGAUCAAGACCAUCAAGUGGACGGAGGUCCAGUAUUCCUGCUGCUAACAAUAAACCUGAUCCAUGUCUUGGUGAACUGGUCAGCAAUAAUGAAUCUCUACCCACAUGUCUGGAUGGUACAGCUAAUCAGUCAGAAGGAAAAGGUCACAGUGGUUCAGGGAGAAGAAAAGACGAAGAUAAGGAUGUCAAUGAACCAGUCACAGAAGAAUCAAAGACACCUCAUGAUGCCAAGACAGCUCGAACAACGUGGAGAAGGCAGCAGAAUUUGAGUUUGGAAGAAUCCUGGAGUUUGUUGUCAUUAUUUGAGAAGUCGCAUAGAGGUCGGAUUACAAAGGACAUUGAUCUAGAAAAUCAUGGCGAUGCUCUUGAUGAGUUACUUUCCAAAAAAGACGAAACCUUAGAGCCAAUAGGAGAACAGACAAGGGAGAUGGACGAAAGCACUUUGAUUGAUUUGGAAAUCCCGAUACUUCCCAAAGGACAGCAGUUAGUUAUAAACAUCAGGAAUACCUGGGGAGACAGGCAUUAUGUUGGGCUUAAUGGAAUCGAAGUGUUCACUGACUGUGGAAAGCCUGCAGAAAUUGCAGAGAUCACUGCAGAUCCUCCAGAUAUCAACAUCCUUUCAGAAUAUGGCAAUGAUCCCAGAGUAGUGACAAACCUCAUCGAUGGAGUUUAUCGCACCAGGGAUGAUAUGCACCUGUGGUUAGCUCCGUUCACUCCAGGAAGCAAACACACUAUCACUAUCAAAUUUGUGGACAGUUUAAGAAUCGCCAUGAUAAGAAUAUGGAAUUACAACAAAUCAAGGAUCCAUUCCUUCAGAGGAGUGCGACUGGUUGAUAUCACACUGGAUGAUAACCUGAUAUUUCAAGGAGAAAUUGCACGGGCAAGUGGUAUCCUUGGAGCAGAUGAUCCCUUUGGUGAUACCAUUUUGUUCACCAUGGAUGAAGAGAUUUUGGAAGCCAUGGCUCAGUAUGAUCAGACGUAUGAUGGAGACGAGGAGGAUGAAGAUGAACUGUUACGGAGUUGUUACUUUGAACGUCCAUCCACAGCUGAUCUGGGAGAGGAAGGAGGAAGUGGAGAUCGGCCUUUUACAUCUGCCAAACAGCACGCGAGGAAAUCAAAACCAAUUCCAGAACAUAGUCAAGUGUCUGAAGAACUUACAGAAGAUACUACACCAAGUUCCACACACUAUGUUGAAGGCAAGGUUCUUCAGUUGAAUUUUGUGUCGACCUGGGGAGAUCCGUAUUACGUGGGACUUACAGGGCUUGAACUGCUAGGAGCGAAUCAGGAAGCCAUUCCUCUGUCGUAUAACAUGUUAAAGGCAUGUCCAAAAGAUCUCAAUGACCUUCCAGAGUACGAAGAUGACGAUAGAACACUUGAUAAAGUUAUCAAUGGAACAAACGUUACAAUGAGUGAUGAACACAUGUGGCUGAUACCAUUCACUGAAGGACAGGAUCAUCUACUUACAAUAGACUUGGGACACACCACCCCCCUGGUGGGGAUUAGAGUUUGGAACUAUAACAAGUCCACAGAUGAUUCUUUCAGAGGGGCCAAACAAGUUCACAUCAAACUAGAUGAGAGGGUUAUAUCACCGCCUGAAGGAUUCCUGCUAAGAAAAGGUCCAGGUAAUGUUCAUUUUGAUUACGGGCAGGAUGUGCACUUUAUUAAACCGUCAAGACAGUAUCCGUCACAGACUGGCAUGGCCAGGGAUGCAGAACGCAGGUCUGAGAGUAGAAUAAACUUGAAGAAGCUUAUGCCAGACUACGAACCAACCCUAAUGCCAUGUGGCUUCGUGUUUCAGUUUCAGCUGUUCUCCACUUGGGGCGAUCCAUAUUACAUUGGAAUGAAUGGCUUGGAAUUCUACGAUGACAAUGGCUACAGAAUACGUUUGACAGAGAACAACAUUACAGCUUAUCCCCACAGUGUGAAUGUGUUAGAAGGCGUGACAGAUGAUAUCAGAACUCCAGACAAACUUAUUGACGGUGUUAAUGACACUAAUGAUGGCCGCCACAUGUGGUUGGCUCCCAUCUUGCCCGGAAUGAUUAAUUUAAUAUACGUGGUGUUUGAUGAGCCCGUGACAGUUUCCAUGGUAAAAGUGUGGAAUUACAGCAAAACGCCAAUAAGAGGAGUUCAACAAUUUGGGCUGUUGGUAGAUGACUUGCUGGUUUUUCAUGGCAUUCUGCCUCAAGUCCCAGCUGUUACCAGAGGAAUUCUUCCUAACCUUGAGAUGCCCACACCUCACCACACUAUACUGUUCACUGACCACGAACAAAUUGCUCUUGCUGAACGGAAGAAUGUUAUCAGCAACAGAGGAGGUGAACAAGAUAUUCAGCUGACAAACGACAGGAGAGUUGUGUCUCAUUACAAUGAUCCAAAGUCAGCGGGAAAACCCGCAGAUCCUGCUCUAAGACCAAGGACUAGCGUUCUGGCAUUUCAAAAGAAAAGAUAGUACUUUAGGACCUACUAUCGCGGUCGUGAUCGAAAGACACAUAGCUGGGUUUGCUGUUCGUCAUAAGAUUUCAGCGGGGAUGACAACGGGCUCGAUUCUGGGAUCAUUUUGGCGGGAAACAGGAACAGAGCAGGAACAUAGCGAUACGGUUUACAUCACAAAUCGAAACUUUGGAAGAUGUAAACGAUGCAGUUAAAACAUGUUUGAAAGUUUUCGUCAAACCGUUAUUGCAGCAAUUCAGUAACUGCUGCAUUUUGUUUGGAAGGCCAUCUCAAAUGCAAGCUUAAGUGUUCAGAAACAAUCCCAGAAAACCUAGCGGGCUAGGGUUCUCGAACCUUCUUUAGUGAAGGAAGUAUCAAUUCGUGACAUUAAUGUAGCGAAAAGUAAUUAUUUUCAUAACACACAUGCCACCGCAACUAAGGUGUCUUAAGAGAGUCAUCGUGUUCAGUCUUACAAGUUGUAUGCUGAUACCGUGAACAGGUUAAUAGUCUAUUUACUUAGAAGUGGGAACGUUGGAUCGGUUCAGUCUCUGCAGGAGUAUCUCUCAAAAAGAAAUAGUUGAGUGUUUGAAAUAAGUUAUUGCUGUAUGUUUAAUAAAUUAUAUACAUUCAUAAUGCACAUAUUAUCAGCUGAAAAGAACUGAAUGAUCGGCUACAGAAUUAAAUUAUGCCGUUUGUACUUUAAAAGUAAUGUCACUUUCUUAGUGAACCAGAAGUAUAUCAGAUAAUUUGAUGCCGCAAAUGCAACUUGACAUAGGUUAAUGACUAACUAUGAUUCAGUUGCAAAUGUAAAUCACACGUUCAUGUUGGUUUUAAUAAUUCAUUAAAAUAACUUUUUAUGUA